AUGUCUCAUUUCAAAAUAAUGACUCAACUGUUUUGUUGUCCAUUGAGUUGGAAUAUUAAGAACGAAGUUUUUGAUUGUGUUCUAGAGCUAUGGAUAAGCAGAAAUGGAUCUCCUUAUGUUCCCAAGAAGCUGUCUCCUCGGGCUUCUCGGCCACUGGAGUUAGCAGCUCUAGAGCCUGACUCUUCUUCAUCUCCUAUCUCAGCUAAUAACAGAACACCAAAGGACAAACGUCCAGUUGUUCCAGACCGUAGAUCUCCAGGAAGUCCUGUCUCCGAGAAGAAGAGGCCGAGCAGAAUAACGGAGCUUGAGUCGCUAGUCUCAAAGCUUCAAGAGGAGCUGAAGAAGGCGAAACAUCAAAUCACACUGUCUGUGACAUCAAAGAAGCUAGCAAACCAAGAAGUAGAAAAGCCCAGGAAACAGCUACAAGAAGUUUCUGCUAAGCUCCAGGAGGCUCAGACUCAGGUCUUGGAAGACUAUGCCAGUUUAAAACUUGGGGAAUCAAAUGAGAUGAAGGAAGAAAUAUCUUCCUUGAGAUGUGAGGUAGAGCGACUGAGAGCGGCUCUAGAAGCCUCUGGUAGAAAAGUCCAAGCGGGGAAUGUAGCGGCUUCCUCUCGCUUAAGGAUACAAGCUGAACUCAACUCUGAAUUAAAGGCAGCUAAAUCCAAGAUAGACAAGCUAGAGGCAAGGUUGGUGGCUAAGAAAACAGAGUUAAAGUGUAUCUUAGAGGAGAAAGAUAACCUACACCUAUUACUGAAGAAGAAGAACCAGAAAGAGGCAGAUGCUGAAGCUGAGCUGAAACAACUGAGGGAGGUAAUCGAGAAGUUAAAGGAGCAUUUGAUGGAUGAAGAGACAGAACUAGAGAUCAUUUCAGACGAGAACGAGACACUGAAGUCAGAUAUCCACAAGAGGGAGACAGAUUUACAAGACGCCCUCAUGAAGCUAGGGGUUGCAAUGGAAGAGGCUGACAAGAGUAGACAGAGAGCGGUUAGAGUCACUGAGCAACUAGAUGCUACUCAAGCGUCAAACUCAGAAAUGAAAACAGAACUCAGGGAGCUCAAAGUUCAAUCAAACCAAUGGCAAAAAGCUGCUGAAGCAGCUACCGCCAUGCUCUCUGCUGGAAACAACAAUAAUCAAACAAACUCUCCUUACUCUGAGGAUAUCGAUGAUGAAGUGCAAAAAAGAAAAAUGGGAAAGCGCUUAAGAAGAUUGGUGCUUUGUGGAAUAAGGCGAUGAAAUUGCUGGAGAAUGACGACUAUAAAUAAUAAU